AUGCUAUUGACAUUAUCAAUGCCACCUACCUUUUUUGACAACUCGCCUAAGAGGCAGAGAUUUUUGGAGAUAAUACUUGAUGCAUAUCCACCUGAAACAAAACGAAAGCGACUUGUUGGUUUGUGCAAGACCCGCUGGGUUGAAAGGCACACAAGCUUGGAAACUUUUACGGAGAUGUAUGAGUACAUAAUCCCCUGUUUUGAAGCAAUAUUGUUCAAUGAGCAUGCAAAUAUAUAUAAGGAGGGAGAAAAGGUCUUUUCAUGGGACAGAGAAACAAGAACAAAAGCACAGGGUCUUCUAUCAAGUCUGAAAAAUUUCACAAAUAUACUUGCCAUUAUUGUUGCAAGAAACGAACUGCAUACUGUCAAACCUAUGGCGUCAAAACUUCAGAAGAGAGAUUUUGAUGUUUACCAGGCCUACACAUUAAUCGACGAGACGCGAAACAAAAUCAGUUGUUUGAGAGAGGACAUUGAUGCUCAAUUUUCAGAAUGGUAUGAGGAAGCAGUACUCGUGGCUGAAAAGAUAGGGUCCACAGUUGAAGCUCCGAGAACAUCAAAACUUGCUAUACACAGAGCAAACGCUCCUAAUGAAUCCACAAAAGAAUAUUACCUUCGUAAUCUAGCAAUACCAUUUAUUGAUUGUCUAAAUGGGGAGUUCAACGAAAGAUUCAAUCCCAACAAUAGAAUGGGAAAAGAAAUCCUUGCCCUUCUUCCAGCAGCCAUUCGUGGCGAAAAUGACAUCAAGUCCCUCGUUCAAAAUUUGAUCUUUUGGAAUGAUGACCUACCAAAUCCAUGUGCUCUUCGAAACGAAGUCAUCGAUUUGAAGAUGUUCUGGGAGAGUAAACAGGUAGAUUUGACAGAAAUCAGUUUACGCAUUUACGCAUUGAAGCAAGCAGACAUUGAUGUGUUCCCAAACAUCCGUACACUUCUGAAAAUCAAUGACAGAUGA